GACAAGGGGAAGACCAUCUUUGACACUUUGUUAAUUGAAAACAUGUUGUGUGCUGAGAACAGAAAUCUGAGCUCUUCUGACAGACAAAGUCAUUCUUAUGAGGUGAGCGAGGCACUGUCUCAUUUUAAUGGGUAAAUGGUUUGUUUUACAGGGUGAUUUGAGUUUACUGAUUAUUUUAUUAACAUGAGGCAGCUCAUUUCUGUUGUAAAUGUAAAUGAUAUUAUGCAUUAUGUUUUAUUCUAUCUUGUGUAUGUGGAAGUUUAAGUUGUGCUUUUUUUAACAGGUGUGCUGCAGCUUAAAGCAGCAAAAAUGCAGAAUCUGACUGAACUUCCUUUUAAUGCAACUUCCCAAAAAAGUCUGUCUGUUAUUAUCAAAGUAUGUGCAGUUAUCCCCUUCUUCAGCACCUUCCUCUGCUGCAUUGCUGUCAUGCUGCAUGUGUUUGCAUCUCACAGGCAGUUCCUAAACACUCCACGUUACAUCCUGUUUGCCCACAUGUUGAUCAAUGACACCCUGCAGCUUCUGUCCUCUGUGCUGCUUUUCCUACUUGUAAUGGGUCAGGUAAAAUUUCCUGUUUUCUACUGUUUUCCUCUGCUGUUCAUAUCCACUGUUACUUAUCAGAACACACCUUUAAUCCUGGCCGCAAUGUCCCUGGAGCGUUAUGUUGCCAUCUUCUAUCCCCUGCAGCGGCCGGCUGCCUGGCGCUCAGGCCGUAUCUGGAUUAUUAAUCUUUGUCUGUGGCUUAUAAGCUGCAUGUUCCUCAUCAUCGACUACUCCAUUGGGAAGCAACGUCCUGCUGUAGAUGUCCUCUUUACACCUGUACUCUGCAAAAAUUUAGUUAUCAACUCAUCUCCAAUCCAAGCAUUAUUCAGAACUGCUGUGAGUGUGAUGUUCUUUGCAGUUGUGGCUGUUGUCAUCUUCUUCACAUAUGUGAGAAUCCUGCUGGAAACCAGGAAGCUGAGACAGGACAGAGUAUCUGUGAACAAAGCCAAGCACACUGUGCUGCUGCACGGCUUUCAGCUGCUUCUUUGCAUGUUGGCUUUCACUCUCCCCAUCACUGAAACUCUCAUAUUGCUGUACACUAAAUGGCAAGUAGAAGACAUUACCUAUUUCUGUUUUUUCUGUUUUAUCCUAAUCCCACGCUUUCUUAGCCCACUCAUCUACGGCUUCAGAGAUCAAAGUCUGAGGGGCUACAUUGGGAAAACAUUCCUCUGCUGCUCAAAUGCAGUCAAGCCCCAUUUCAGAAGCAAACAGCAGGACAGCUUGUCUGCUUCUUGAAAAAAAAAAACAGUUUAGACUCCUGCAGAAAACCUGUGCAGAAUAUCUGCAUCUCUGUCUGUCAGUUCCCCAAAUGAACACUGAGCAGUUUUUUAUGCUGUAAUUUUUUUUUCCAUUCACACUGGCCAUUAACAGAUUCCUUAUUGUACUGCAUGUGGAACAGACUAAUAACCUAUAAUCAGUCUUCAUGAAAUGACAGUAAGUGGAAAAAGUUACACUGGAGAGAAAACAAACUCUUUGUAUUACUGUUCCUCCUCUAAAGCUCAAUCUGGAAACACAAACCAGCAAUAUAUUUAAAAAUAUAUCCAAAAGAUCCAGUUUAUUUGUCUGAUUUAUACUUUUUAAAGCCUUGUAUUACCUUCAGAUACUUUUGCACAGAACAAAGAAUCUGGCUCAUGAAAGGGGCUCUGUAUAUAUCAGGUAAACAUUUGCAGUAAAUAAAAAACAUUUCAGUGAUAAUUUGAGCACAUGAAUAUUGAUUUGACUUCUUUUCCUUAAAAAGGCUAAUAAAAGGUGUCUAAAACUUC